AUAAAGGCAAAUGGCCGCCGUAGUAUAUGAGUGCGGGUUACGUGUAUGAUGUUUUUCCGCGAGCAGUUUUUGACGUACAGCAUGUAAAAGACGCGUGGGUUGAGCGAUCAACGAAAAGCGUGAUGUGAACGACAAGCGAAAGCUUAAACGGUGUUUCCGUGGCCGGCGAUGAACGGUGAGAAUGCUAGUGCGGUGAUGAAAUCGGUGUCGGAGGGUAAGCUGGGCGUGGAAGAGGUUAAAUUACCGAAGCUAAAAACACAGGAUUCCUUCUCGCGUUUAAAGUGUACGUUUACAUUGUCGAGGAAUCCAUUUCAUAGUGCAAGCAGGAUGUUAAGACGACGUGCGAAACAAAAUCGUGAUUCGAAAGACGGUGGCAGUGCGGCGGGCACCAAAGACAGACACAAUAUGCAGCAACAUCAACAGCAAGUGGAAAGUAUGCAGCAGAAUAUAGGCCGAUUGCACGGCAGUCAAAGUUAUCCGGAUAGGUCAGGUAUGAAAAAAGUGUUUCGAAGACCUUCGUGGAGAAAGUUCAUCAACAAGAUGGUCCAGCACAUGUCGAAUGUGGGCACACAGAAUCACAAAACGUCUCACAGGGACGAUCUCGGGUCCAGUGCCGGAGACAUAAGGGUACCUCCACCUAGACCGGCGCAUAUACCACCUGAUAAGGUGCCAGGGGUCAUAGGUUUACGCAAUCACGGUAACACGUGUUUCAUGAACGCUGUAUUGCAGUGCUUGUCGCAUACGGACAUACUCGCGGAAUAUUUCGUGUUGGACCAGUACAAGAUCGACCUCUCUAGAAGAAAUAAAUUAAACUCGAAAAAGUACGGGACGAAGGGAGAGAUCACUGAACAGUUAGCCCUGCUGUUAAAGGCUAUUUGGAGCUGCCAAUACGACCCAGAGAUGAGCACGGCGUUCAAGAGCGUCGUCGACAAAUACGGAAGUCAAUAUCGCGGGAACUUGCAGCACGACGCUCAGGAAUUCUUGCUAUGGCUAUUAGAUAAAGUGCACGAGGACCUGAACCAAGCUACCAAAAAAAAGUAUAAAAUCAUCAAGAAUUCGUUCGGCAGACCGGAUGACAUCGUGGCGGCGGAAACUCUGGCGAACCAUGUCCGCUGCAACAAUUCGUUCGUGCACGCGGUGUUCCAAGCCCAGUUUCGAUCUAGCCUAACUUGCCCAAGAUGUCACCGGCAGUCAAACACGUUCGACCCUUUCCUCUGCGUGUCAGUACCUGUACCGCAAAAUCACCGCCAGAUGAACCUUUUCGUAAACGUCCUCUAUACGUCGCAACAACCGCGGCAAGUGAAGAUAGGCGUGAGCGUGAACCAGAUGGCCAAUGUCAGAGAGCUUAGAGAGAUCUUGGCCAGUGACACUGGUAUCGAUGAGAAUCACAUGUUACUCACAGAAAUUCACGACGAAGGAUUUCACAGAACUUUCUCCGAUUGCCAACCUCUAUCUGUGAUCACGGAAAAUGACCCGCUCUACUGUAUAGAACUGCCACAGCUGAAAGAACCAGCGGAGCAAGCGUAUAUCUUACUUGUGUGGAUCAACGUUCUCACAAAAGGAGAUCUAAGACAGCGUUUUAGCAGUCCGUACACUAUGCAAGUGUCUAGAGAAACGUCGUACGAAGAUCUACAAAAACUCUUGUUGAAGGAGAUGCAUAGUGUUCUGGCAGACGAUGUUCUUACAUCGAGUCAGAGUCCUGGACUGUUUAACAUUCGUGUUGCGGACCCCGCUGCUACACCUAUUCAGGACGAGCAUCCAUGUAUAGAUCCCUGUGUGGAGCACCCUCUUUACACAGAGCAGAUCGAACAAGCGUUAGCCCUUUGUGCCGAUGACUCCGGUCCUCAACAUGUAAAAUUAAUUCUAGAGUGGGACGAAGCUACUAAGUGUAAUAUUAUUCAAGAUGACAAUGAUCAAAUCGAAGAGCACGCCAGUGUGAAGCAGUUAAAAACGAAUUCAGAACUAGGAGGAGCUGUUACUUUGGAAGAAUGUUUCGAUCUGUAUACGAGAGCCGAGAUAUUAGGGGCAGAGGACGCGUGGCACUGUCCGUAUUGCAAUAAAAAACAAGAGGUGGUGAAGAAGUUGGGACUUUGGUCUUUACCUGAUAUCUUAGUUAUUCAUCUAAAAAGAUUUCGACAACAGUCUAAACAAAGGUCUACGUCGAAAUUGACCAUGUUAGUCGAUUUUCCUUUAUACGGUUUCGAUAUGACUCCACAUCUUGCUCAUAAUGGAGUACAAACGCAUAAUAACGUUAGUAGUUUAGGUGGUCUAGGUUGGUCGCCUUGGAAGAAACCCAGACCACGCCAACAAAAUAUUCCAAAAUACGAUGAAAACGUUUACGAUCUUUAUGCGAUUUGUAAUCAUCAUGGGCAAGAUUUACAGGGAGGUCACUAUACCGCGUUUUGUCGGAAUCCGUACGAUACUCAGUGGUAUUGUUUCGACGAUACCCGAGUAGAGGCCGUGAACGAUACCAAUUUAAUAACAAACGCUGCGUACAUGUUAUUUUAUCAACGAAGAGGGUUGACUAAUAAUUCUGGAAAUUCUUCGGCUGCUUCCACAAGCUCAGCCGGAUCCGGACUUGACCAUUGGGUCUCGAAAAUGCCGCCUUUUUAUUUCAACAACAAGACUAAUAACAACGUUUCAAAUAACAAUCAAAGUAAAUCGCAGGAAGUGUUGUGUCAAGAUAAAAUCGUGGAAGAAAAGAACAUAACGAAUUUCAAUAGGGGAUGUCGCAAUUACGCUACUUUACAACCCAAGAAAAGGAAUGUUGCGACAGAAACGGAUAUCGGUCAGAUUGAUCAUUACUCAGACGAUGAAGCACCAUGCAGAAGAGAAUGGGCCUCACCGAAGCCUGUUCGAAAAAUGUCGUCCAUUACGUUAAUACCGCAAUCUACGAUAAUUCACAGUGCCAGUAGUGAUCCAGACACAACGAUAAUACACGAGUCGACGUUGUAACACACAAUUUAAGCCAGAUCUGGUCUGGCUCGAGCAACGCUCAAUGUAUAGUGCCUGGAACAUGGUGUGUAAACGAUCAGAGACAAAUUAGAACUGAAGACAAUUUUUCAAAACAAUUUCUCGCGGAAUUUAAGUCCAUUCGUUUCGUAUCGAAGACUUAACGUAGUCUAUUUAGAAAAUAUUUUGUUCCGAAUUUAUACAUUUAAAAAAAAAUACUUUUCUUUUAUAUUAUCUAACGAUCAACCGAGCAAAGAAUAUUAAGAGCCUCUCUAAUUUCUUUGUUUUGAUAUUGAAAAAAAAAUGAAACUGCGACAUUAGGCGGAUGUUUGUUGACAAUGCAAGCGUAACUGAAGGCAUUAGUGAUUUUUGUAUUUAUAUCGUGUUUACACAAACUGCGUGAAUUGUAUUGUACAUUCUAGUUGUUAGAAGACUUUUUAAGAAAAGGACAAAUAUUAUAUUCAGUAUCAAAAACUACGAAUCCCUUAUUUACGAAUUGUCUAUUGUUAAUAUUUAGAUUUUCAACGCAAUAGGUAAUUAAUGUUCUACAUAUGUCCAGCAAGAAUGUACGUGUGUCAAAGAAACUUUGUACGCGAAAUUUUUUAAAACACGCGAUUCAUCUAUCAUACCCGUCGCGUUACAAUGAAACUAUGACAAUAACUGAAUCUUGUGUGUAGCAGGAUUCACGUAUUACAGAGACUUCAUUUUCAAUGAUAAUUCUUGCCUGGACAUACUAUGUAGUCGCUAACCAUUGUUUUGAAUCUAUGCUUAACUCUAAUAUUUAUAUCGUAUUUGUAUCACCCACUAGUGGCCUUAUCUCAGUAAUUAACAUUGAUAUGUCAUUUGCAAUCAUACAAGCAUAUUUACUAUUUCGACGUCGUUUUAUUAACGAACAUUGAGACAUUGUAGCGUGAAAGCCACCAAAUUGUAACGUACGUAUCGUUAAUUAUUCUUUGGAUUCUGACGAAUCGACGACCAAGAAAAUCAAUAUAUGUACUUCCACUUCAAAGUCUUGUUCUUCCUAUAAACAAUCGGCGCAAUUGAAAUUUCGAAAAGUAUCGUGUCGGUUCUUAAGAGAGUGGCUUUCGUAAUAUAUCCUUCAGCGAUGUCCUAUUUUUCUUUCUUUCUUCUCUUUUAUUGUCAAAUACUCUAAUCUCUCAGUUGUAACGAUCAUUCCACUUAGACGCGUUUAUAAAUAGAAAAUGAUGGAAAGCACGGAAGCAUGAAAGUGAAACUGAUUUAUAUAUAUACGUAUACAUAAAUAUAUGCACUCAAGUGUAUAAUUUACGAGUGAAAGAUAUUUAAGUUAUUUUAAAGGUAACAUUUUUUUAUUACUAGUCACACGUAUCGUGGACGGGGGGUGGCGAAUAAAGAAUGUAUGUGAUGAAUUAUAAAUGUAAUUAACGUCGAAUUCAGUGUAAGUAAUAUAAAGAAAGGCGUUCGAUUGUAGCAAAACAACGUGAUGUAUACUUUGGUAUACUCGUUCUAACAGUGUUUGUAACGUAAGUAAGUUGGUUCCUGUGGCAAGACUAGGCCAAAUCAAGUGCCAUGAUGGUCCUGGAGGUAUAAUACUCAACAAAACUUUAAAUAUUUUCAUACUCGAUCACCCGAAAGAAUCGUUUCCUUCAAGUCUAGCAAUUGAAAACUUCAGAGUCUUCUAAUAGUCAAUCAAUUCUAUUUAUCGAGUUACAGAAAAGUAACAGAUGAUAUUUCUAUAAAUAUUCCAAUUACUGGAUUUGGAAACAAACACUGCGUCAGGUGACUGAGUAUCGUUUAGUUAAAGAUAAAACGUUCCCUUCGUGGCACUUAAAAAGGUAGAAUGAACGUGCAGAAUACGUGAUAGGAAGAUGAAAUAGAGGAAAGCCGCUACCCGUUUAUUAUUCUAUGAUUUUAGAAUUUUGUGCAUUCACGUUAAUCGACUGAGGGAUACGUUAUUAAUUAUUCAUAUUAUCGCUGCUGUUUUUGUUGAAAUAAAUUAGAAAAUGUAUAUAUAUAUAUAAUAUUAUAUAUAUUUAUAUAUAUAUAUAUAUAGAUCAAAGAACGUCAUUCCACUUUGUACACCCUGAACUAUGUCAAUGCUUUGACCUAUGAUUCUAAAUACUUCACGUUUUUUUUUUGAAGUAAUCAUUGUUGGAGCUUGUUAUGUUUAAAAGUAGGAAUUAAUUGUCACGUUUUUUAUAACUUUUAAAGAGCACGCGUGGGAAAUUUUCCUCGUAUCAAUGAAUGAAAAUUUUAAUGUGGAAAGAAAGUAUCGACCAAUUGUAUACUAGUCUAAUAUAUUUUAUUAUAGCUUGCAAAAUAUACGAUAAUUUGUUGUAACAACGUAAUACCGAGAACGAAACUUCUAACAGGGCGAAUAUCAAGUUCAUCCGAUUUUAUUUUAAUCACUCCAGUUCAUGGAUCCAUAGGAUGUAGAUGGAAUAGGUGAGAAAGCAAAUUUGAAUUUGAAACGAAAUAUUGUAUAAUAUUAUUAUUCAAGUCUAAUGUAAAAAGUUUAUAAAUAAUUAGGGAUAAAAUAAAUCGUAAUAUACAGAGAUUUGUCAAUAAAAAGUAAUAUUCAUACGUAAAGUAUUUGGAAUAUAGUAAUUUAAAGAAAACGAUUAUGUAUUUGGCUAUUAUUUACAUUAAAAUUCGAUUAUAAAACA